AUGUCCCAUAACAACAAGAUCAAAUUGUAUACUUUUCCUCCUUCGCUCUAUGCAUCAAUACCUCGACUCUUGAUUGCUGAAAAGAAUAUCCAGGGUGUCGAAUACGUUACCGUGGAUCUGUCCAAGGCGGAAAAUUUUGCUCCAGAUUACUUAAAGGUCAAUCCAAACCACACCGUUCCUGCGUUGGAGUUUACUGAUGAAAGAGGCAGCAAGUCGAUUGAAGACGACUCGAUCGAAGUCUGCAAGCAGCUAGACAAGAUGAGCGGCGAGCCUCAACUGUACACUUCGCAGAACGCCAGUUCCAUCGAUUCAUAUGUCAAGGAUAUGCACGACAACGCAGAUGUUGGCAACCCAUUGUUCUUUACCUCGCGGGAUGAAUCCGAAUUGGCCAAGAAGAAGGACAUGAUUGUUCCAUUUUUGCAAGGGCGUGUGCAAGGGUUCGAAACAUACAGCAAGCAGGCGCCGGAACACAAGCAGUUGUAUGACAGCUUCCUCCAAUCAACAAACGGAAUGAUUGCGCAGUACCAAGGCAAGGCAGAUGCUAAGCCCAUGUUUGAAACCAACGCGCAAAUGUGGAGCAAGGCUGUGCGCUUCUUGGACAAGACCGAGGAGCUGUUGAAGCAGAGCAAGGGUGAUUUUAUUUUUGGUGACUAUUCGCUCGCUGAUGUCCAUUUGACUGCUUGGCUGUAUCGUCAAAACUUGGUACGUGGCGAGGAGAACUUCCAAGGAAGACCUACAGUCAAGGCUUACUAUGAACGCGUCAGUGCUCGCCCUAGCUUCAAGGCAACUUGGCCGUAA